UAUAGUUUAUCCAAACAUUUUUUCUUUUUGACCAAAGUCUAUGCAAAUGUGAACAUAACGCAGAUAAAGCCUGCAUGCAGUAACACUACUAUCUCUAUGUGACGUAUUCGCUAACCUCACUUAGUUUUCCAACACGAAAUCCUGACGCAUAGGCUGAUCACAUCACUACAAUUUUCCCACACUAUAAAACAACCCCAAAUACAGUUAAAUGUUCCAACAUUCCUUAAACCAACCAAAUUUGAUUUCACAGUUGUCUUUAUCUAUUAAUACUCAAAGAUAUAGUAGUAUUAGUAAGAGCUUUGUAAGAAAAAAAAAUGGUAAGUGGUUGUGAAAAUGAGCAAGUGAGCAACAAGCAAGUGAUCUUAAAGAACUAUGUGACCGGUUCUCCAAAAGAAUCAGACAUGUACGUGAGUACUAAUGGUACCAUAAAGUUGAAAGUCCCAGAGGGUUCCAAUGGGAUAUUGGUGAAGAACCUCUACUUGUCCUGCGAUCCCUACUUGCUUCACCUUAACAAUAUGAAGAAUUACGGUGCCAGUAACACCGACUCGAAGCCCCCCGUUACGCCCCUUCUUGGAUAUGGCGUGGCUAAAGUUUUGGAUUCUGAGCAUCCAAAUUUCAAGAAAGGUGACUUAGUUUGGGGAAUAACUAAAUGGGAGGAAUAUAGUUUAAUUACAGAUCUUCAGAAAAUGUUUAAAAUCCAGCACACUAAUGUGCCACUGUCCUACUAUACUGGCAUUCUUGGUAUGCCUGGUAUAACUGCUUAUACUGGCUUUUAUGAGAUUUGCUCUCCUACGAAAGGAGACCAUGUCUUCAUUUCAGCAGCUUCUGGGGCAGUUGGUCAGCUUGUUGGACAGCUUGCAAAGCUAUUAGGUUGCUAUGUUGUUGGAAGUGCUGGUAGCAAAGAAAAGGUCGAUUUGCUGAAGAACAAAUUGAAGUUUGAUGAGGCUUUCAACUAUAAAGAAGAGCCUGACUUGGAUGCAGCUUUGAAAAGGUACUUUCCUGAAGGUAUUGAUAUUUACUUUGACAAUGUUGGGGGAAAGAUGCUUGAUGCGGUGCUACUCAACAUGAGGCCCCAUGGCCGCAUUGCUGUUUGUGGCAUGAUCUCACAAUACAACCUCGACAAGCCAGAAGGCGUGCACAAUUUAAUGCACCUGAUUCUAAAACAGGUUCAAAUGAAAGGAUUUGUGGUUUCUAGUUACUAUCACCUCUUUCCCAAGUUUCUGGACUUGGUUCUACCUCACAUUGCUGAAGGGAAGAUUGUAUAUGUGGAAGACAUAGUUGAAGGCCUUGAACUUGGCCCAGCAGCAUUUGUUGGGCUAUUUUCUGGCCGCAAUGUUGGUAAACAGGUAGUUUUAGUUUCUAAAGAAUGAUUGACUUCAUGACCAAAAUAUUUUGGUCCCAGGGAGAUUCCUACUGCAAAAAUAAACCUUAUGCAUCUAUACCUUUGGUGGACGUGUUCAGGUCUUGGUGUUCAAAAGGAAUUGAGUCAAUAAGUAGAUGUAAUGUUAUUAAUUUCAAGAAUUUCAUAAAGAGCAGAUCUUAUUGAUGUGGAUGUGUUCAGGACUUGGUGUUCAUAAGGAAUUGAGUUUAAUAAGUAGAUGUAAUGUCAUUGAUGUCAUGAAUUUUAUAAAUAGCAGAUCUUAUUGAUGUGGGCGUGUUCA